AUGGUCAUUCUCGGCAAUUCUCCCCGUCACCCCCUCCAUCAGCAAGGCCCUCCUCAUCCUCCUCCGGAUCCCUUUGAGACUGGUGGUGUGAGGAAACGCCAGAGGCUGUCACAUUUUGCCAGCCUAGAUGAUGCGGCACCGGUGCGGUUCGCCCCGUUCGCCGGCGGCAUCGUAGACGCCACCACCGCAGGCAGGUUGCCUCUGAGCGAAUCGACAGGCAACGUACAGAACCAAAAUGUCCAGAGCUUUGCGCAUAACAGGGAAAUAGUCUUUGGCAGCAGUGGCAGCAGCCAAAACCCGCUUGCGCACUGCUCAACAGCAUCGACGGAGAACAAUAGCGCUGCCACAAGCCCGAAGCUCACUCCGCCGUCGACACUGGAGAGCAACCAUCAUCACUCCGCCGCGGGUGCCAUCUGUGGGCCCAGCAAUCCUUCGCCGUGGUCGCUUGACCUGGCAGACGAACAGACCAGGCGCAACAGCCUCGGUGCCAGGCGCGGAAACAGCCAGCACCUGCACCUCGAUUUUGCCAACGGCCAACGGCGGAGCAUCUACGGCGCACCCGCCGGCGGUCCAGGAGCACUGCCGUCUCACAAGGGCACAUCGAUGGCGGGUGCACCUUCUGUGAGCUACAAUCCCCUUUACAACAACGCGGCAUUCAGGGCCUAUCGGGCCAAGCAGGCCGAGAAGGCUGUUGAUGGACGCGAGGAGCAGAAGUGGCCUGAGUGGCUGGAACAGGCAUUUUGCGACGUUAUGAAUGGCCAAAUGAUGAAGCGCCCGGCUCCCAACGCAGAGGGAGGCGGUGGUGGUGGCAGCACCAACAACUGUAGCACAUCCAACAGCAACGACCAGGCUGGACGCAACAUGCUCAUCAGCGAAUGGCUUUGGCUUGUGUACCUGGAGACUCUGCCCUCGGUCGGCGCCGAGUUGCCGGACAGGCAGUGGGAGAUGCAAGUGGUCAACAAGAAGACCGGUGAGAGCCAAACGAAAUUGAUGAACCAUGCCAUGGUGCGUGACCGCAAGAUGGUGUCUAGCCAUAUCCAGGUGACGAAGAACUUCUUCAAGGAUAACCCCAUGCAACAUUUUGUUUUCGUCACAGAGGAGAAGCGAGCCAAUGGCCGCGAAGAGGAAGAGGAGCGCGAGAGCUUCAAGGACAACACGGUGCUACGCGCGCUAAGGGAGUCCCGCCUCCCUGACAAGAGAUACAAUUACCGGUACUGGUCGUACCUUUUAGCUGCCGAUAAGCGCGUCCAGGUUCGGCCAAAGGAGUGUUGGAUCCUGGUGGCGGCAACAUCGGUCAACUUUGUGUCGACGUCAUCCUCGAGCAGAAUUACCUCGUCGUCAUCCUCGGGCAACGGCGAAACCCACGGCCAUAAUGGCACAGGCAAGCCAGCAGCUUCAUUCCAUGCCUACCACACCAAGACGGGCGAGAGGCUCGACGAGCAGCGUUUCCCGCACCUCGAAAAGAACCUGAAGCGUGAGGAUUGGCCGCGCAGUGGAGCCAACAUCAAGGGAUGCAUGCUCCACGAGUACACGCGGACCAUGACCCAGGUGCCGUCGACUUCGAUCCGCAACCUGAGGAAGGACUGGGAGGAAGACUUCCCGGAGCUGCACGAACCGCUUUCCAUUGCCCUCGCAGACGGCGUCCAGGACAUUCUGCACUGCAAGGCCACGCUCGACAUCUCCCAGGCCACGCAGUUCCCCGCCGGCGCCGAGCUCAACUCGUGCAUCGAGGUGUCGAUCGACCAGCCCGAGCUGGUCGGCCACGACUGGAAGGUCGUGACUCGCCUGUGCAGACCUCAAGAGCUGUGCCGCGACCGGGGUGCCGGUUCGGAUCCCUUCUUCUCUAUCGAGACCAAGCCCGUGGGCCACGAUGGCAAAUGCGACGGUGUCAGUCUCGCCGCGGGCGGUAACUGCAACUGUGUUGCUGCCCGCCACAAGAACGAGCUCAUGGUGCCCUACCCGGCUGCCGAGCUUGCCGUCAUGCUCAGCCGCCUGGCCACCUACCAUCCCCAUCCCUACGUCGGCUUCGAGCCCUCUCCUGAGGAACUUGCCGCCGAGGCUGGUCGCAAGAAGCGUGGCCGCAAGUCAAACACCGCCACUGGGGAUGAUGAAGCUGACCGGAGCAUGAAAAUGAUGCUUGACGAAAUGAAGAGGGCCAAAGCCGGGCUUUUACCAAGGAAGCUGCCCAGCGCGACCACCUCUCCCGCAUCCAGAAAGCCGACGGCCCCGAACACACGUCCCAAUAACGAAGAUGGCGGUGGUGCCUUCUCAAAAGACGGAGCAAGCACCCCCAGCUCAGACGAGCCUGUGACGCAGAUGAGCCUCAUCGGGCAGGUCGCCAUGAUGCAGGAGCUAUGGUCGCAGGAGCCCCCGUCUAUGGCCACAACGCCCGGGCAGCAGCGGCCCUGGACGCGGCGGUGCCUGCUGCUCUGGACCUUUGAUACGCUCUACUCGAUCGACGAGAAGCGCCUGGCUGCUGGCCACAAGUACCCGAUCAACCGCCAAGCAGCCGGCAGCAUGUCGUGGCGCUUCAUGUCGGCCAUCGACCCGUCGGACCCCAUCCACCUGCAGCAGUCCAUCAUCGGCGGCGACGAGGCCGCCGCCCAGAUCGCCGCCGUCGCGCAGAGCGUGUCUGCAAACGCAGCCUACACCCCGUCCGAGUCCGCCAUACUCGCCUCGUCCCCGGCGCCAGGGGUCGCCAACGUCUCCGCGGGCAUGAUCGUGCCGUCGUCCACCCCGUCCUCCGCCAACAGGACCACCUCCAGGCUCGGAGGCGGCCUCCACCGCGACCAGAUCAUGUCGCCCUCGCCCAGCUUCCAACAGCACAUCCACGCGUCAAUGGCGGAGAACUACGCCACCACGUCAGCCUGGUCCGGCAGCGGCGCCAGCAUCCUCUCCAGCAACGGGCACGCCUACGCCGCAAACUACCACAGCCACCACCACCACCCUACACCAUCACCGCAGCCCACCUCCGCAAUCCACGCCUCCUCCUCGAUCGCCUACGGCCAGCGCGGCGGCACACCCCUGUUCCGCGGCCUAAUGGACGACUUUCGUCACGCCGGCAGCCCGGGCUCGGGGCUCGCCACUCCCCCGCCCACGGCAGGGUUGGCUUCCAUGGCGGGUCCGUCCGCGGCACCACUUUCCCAACACAUGGCCAACGGCAGCCUAGCCCCGAGCUUGAGCUUCAUGUCGACUGCCUCGGCGGUUGAAAGCUGCACCGAGCCCGUGGUCGACCCGUUCCUGACCUCCGGCUCUUUUGGCGGCUACCAGCACGACGUCGUCGUCCCGGAUGGCUGGGAGGUGGUCCACACUGGCCAUGACUACGGGCUCCACGGCCUGCCCUCGUCCGGCUGGACCGUCCCCCCGGGCAGCAACGUCGGCGGGGCCGGUUCCGCCGCGUCGAGCUUCAACGGCCACCCAUGCUGGGCGUCUCAAAUAUCUCACCACGGCCUGUCUCGGCAGCAGUCGCAGCAUCAGCACUGGAACACACCAGCCGCGUCGACACCCGGCUCGACCACCCUGGAACUGUGCUCCGGUGCCGCCGAGUACGGCCAGACCGACGAGGGCGUGUGCUCACAUCAACAGAUGCAGUGGAGGCAGCAGCAGCACCGGGUCGCCUCAUCUCAGCCGUCUCCCUGUCACUCGCCCACGCCCCACGGGUCGCAACACCCCGCAGUCGACUUGGGCACCGACUUGAACCAUGGCCACCAGCUGCAUCAGGGACAGCAAUUUUUCGUCGCUGGCACCAGCAGCCAAACCUCGCGGAAGCUGGCGCUUGAGGACGAUGACGAGGACGACCAAGGCCGUCGUAGCGCCGGUCCUGCCGUUGCUGACCCGCAAAUGUGCGGCAACGAUCAUGAGGAUGCUUGGGCUUUGAUAGAUGCUUGAGGGGGAUGUCAAUCCGUGCAGUGGAUUGUACUUUGCCAGCCCCAUUACUAUUGUUUCUUUUUCGCUUAUUGUAAGUUGGUAACGGGCAUGUUUAAUUGGAGUUUCUUGGCUGUAGGUUUAAGGGGGAUUUUUAUUUUUUACUUUUUAGGACCCG